AUGUCGCCGGGACUCGUUCUGGCCGCCUUAGACAAUGUACCUGCACGACGCUAUCUCGAUUCUCGUUGUGUUGCCAACCGGCUGGUGAUGCUGGAGUCUGGCACUCUCGCGAGCAAGGGUCAUGUGCAGGUUGUCUUGCCCGGCCUUAGCGAGUCUUAUGGCAGCCAGACAGACGAUGGAGCUACCGGUGGUGAUUUGAUCGAAGAGGCCGCCAAUGCGAUUCCAUAUUGCACAUUGAAGUCAUUCCCGGCUAACGUUAGUCACUGCAUUGAAUGGGCCCGUGAGAAGGUGAGCUAUAGGCUAUAA